CCUUCAACGCGGAGUCAAAAGAAGCAAAAUUUCAUUCUUACCACGUUAAUAGUUUAAUACGUGUAAUUAAAAUGUAUUAUGUGUUUUAAUUUGUAUAUACAAUUAUUUUAGCGUUUUAAUAUUGGUCAAGUAACCAAUAAUUUGGUAUUUUGUACACAAUGACAGCCUCCGGCUUUAGAGUUUGGGUAGUUAUUUUAGCCCUUGUUAUUGUUACUUCGGCACAUUUAAAUCCUAAAAGGGAUGAGAAAAAAGCCAAGUCAGUCACUAGUUUCGUAAGUGCUAAAUGGGAAGCAACACCAAUUGUUCUAGAGCUAGCUGAAUAUCUUGCUACUGAAAGCUCUGACUUGUUCUGGUCAUUUGUGGAUGGUAUAAAUUCGUUGAAAUCUAGUCUUGAAGAUUUAGAGACUGAUAAAGAAAUAUACAAUGCAUGCAUUGGUGUUGCCAGCUCCUUGCUGGCGCCAGCACAGUUGCGAAUGGCAAAACUGGCAUUGUCCAUGCAUACUACAUCACCAACUGUCCGAAUGUUUGAUGAGAUUGCAGCACAGAAUGGGGCCAAGAGUGUUGCUUGCCCUACCUUUGUUUCCAUUGCUUCAAGACAAGUUUGUGAUAAUGAUGUGUUACGUGAUAUUCUCAAAUCAUAUAACAAAUAUGAUCCUGAAGAACACAGGUUGGAGACAUAUUUGCUGGACCAUUCCUAUCCAAGCAGUGAUAACAAAACUCUUACUGCAAUAUUGUAUGGAGAGCUUGGUUCCAAAGAUUUUACUAGCAAACAUAACAUCUUGACAGGUUACGCUGACAGAGGAGUAAUCAAUUAUGUUGUCAGAUGGAAUGUUAAGACUAGUGGUAAGCCCAAAUUGCGACUAUCUGGUUAUGGAGUUGAACUACAACUGAAGAGUACUGAAUAUAAAAGUCAAGAUGACUCAACUCCUAAGGAAUCUGAGAGCAAUGAAGCUUCUCAAGCUAAUGAGGAGGAGGACGAGAAUGACCCACAAAAUCAGAUUGAUGGGUUUAACUUCGGAAGAUUAAAGAAUCUGUUUCCUGCUUUGCGUACGCCGCUGGAGCGUUUUCGCCGGCACUUGUCCGAGUCGAGCGAAGAGCUUGCGCCUCUGAAGGUGUGGCAAAUGCAAGCUCUGAGCAUGCAGGCGGCCGCCGCGGUGGCCGAUGCAGCUGAUGCUGGGGGCGAUGAGCCACUCAGGGUUCUCGCUUCGAUUGCGCAAAACUUUCCUAUGCAGACGAAGUCGCUGAUACACGUGAACGUGCCGCGCUCGUUCCGCGACGAGGUGCUGUUCAACCAGGACGUGUGGGCGUCGUCGCUGGGGCUGCGCGCCGCGGAGCCGCUGCUGCUGGUGUCGGGCGCGCAGUACGACGCCGAGGACGUGGACGUGCUGGCGCUGCUGGCCGCGCUGCGCGAGGACAUCGGACCCAUGAACACGUUGCACGCGCUCGGUCUGUCAAAAAAACUGAUCAACACCCUAAUGUCCAUGGAAGUGGGCGAGUCGUAUACAUGGGAGGAGUAUGGGCUGGACAUCAGAGACACGGCGGUGACGUGGCUCAACGACUUGGAGUCCGACGAGCGCUACCGCCGCUGGCCCUCUUCCUACAUGGAGCUCUUGAGACCGACCUACCCCGGCAUGCUCAGGAAUCUUAGGAGGAAUAUUUACAAUUACGUGAUAGUAGUGGACCCGACAUCGUUGGCGUCGAGACCGCCACUAAAGCUCAGCGAGACGUUGCUGAAGCACGCGACGCCGGUGCGCGUAGGGCUGGUGCUCGCGCCGGGGGCCGACGUCGCGCUCACCGCCGCCGUGCGCUCCGCUUUCAACUACGUGGCGCAGGAGAAGAACUCUAACAAAGAGGCCUUUUACUUCCUUACUCAGCUUCUCCACUCGACUCAAAACGAACCAAUCAACAUUGAACACGUAAAGACGUACUUUAAGAAAUAUGUGAGCUGGAGCGAGAGCAAUAUAGACGCCAUUAUUUCUGAAGAUUCUGAGUAUAACUUUGGCAGCCAGUUAGCUGAAGAAUUCGUAUCCAAAAUUGGCACCAAUAAGUACCCACAGGUGUUAAUAAACGGCGUGCCGCUGUGGGACGACGGGCCGACGCCCGUGACGGCCUCCGUGGAGCUGCUGGAGGAGGCGCUGGUGUCCGCGCUGUCGCGGCACACGGGCCGCUUCCAGCGCGCCGUGUUCAGGGGCGAGCUCUCCGACAUGGACGACGCCGUUGACUUCCUUAUGAAGCAGUCGCAUAUCAUGCCCAGGUUAAACAAACGUAUCCUCAGCUCUGAACCCACCCAGUACUUGGACUUGUCGGGUGUGCCUGCCUCUACUGAAUUUUUCACGGAAGAAAAAGUUCAUAGAAUGUUACAAUUAACAGGACGCGACGCUAUAGCGACCGCCCUGCCGCUCCUCAGAUAUUUCGCCAAGCCUGGCAAGCCGGAGAAGAUCACGCAAACUAUCUGGAUCACUGGCGAUCUCAACCAAAAACUUUCUAGGGAAUUGCUGAAGAAUGCUAUUACUUUCAUGAGAGAUUCACGCGGAGUGCGCGUGGCUUUCAUUCCAAAUGUGGACGGGUUGUCUAAAGCGGACCAGUCUCUCAACAAGGUGGUCCUUGCGGCGCUGACGGCGCUCGACCCUGCCGAGGCCACCAAGUACGUCGCGCAGCUCUUGGAGGACGAGGGCUGCCACGAAAGACAAGAUUGCAACAUAUUGCCGGAGUUGGUGCCCGCCCUGAAUCGCUACGAGUGGGUGCUAAAGGCGGCGCGGGUGCUGUGCGCGCGCAGCAUGAAGCUCCGCGCCGGCGCGCGCGCCGUCCUACACAACGCUCGUCUCAUCGGCCCGCUAGACGGGGACGAGCGGUUCACGCUUGACGACUUCCUGCUACUAGAGAGAUUUAGCAGCAACAUGUAUGCCGAUAAAUUAUCAGAAAUAUUUGAUAAGAAAAAAACUGUGACAAAUGAAGUUACCGAUGACGAGGAAGAGGAAUUGGACGUAUCAGUGCUGAGCGCGGACGAGAUGCUGAAGGCGAUGGCGGUGCUGGCGGCGCGCAGCCCGCGCGCUCGCACGCCGCUGCCCGCCGGCCUGCGCGCCGACCACUCGCUCGUCGACCUGCCGCCGCUGCACAAGGACGAGGCCGCCAUUGAGAUCGUGGCAGUGCUGGACCCCGCGUCGACGGCGGCGCAGCGCGUGGCGCCGCUGCUGCUGGUGCUGCGGCGCGUCGUCAACUGCCGCGUCAAGCUUUACCUCAACCCGCAGGACAAGAACUCCGACAUGCCCCUCAAGAGUUUCUACCGCUACGUGCUGGAGCCCGAGCUGCAGUUCACGAGCUCGGGCGCGGCGGCUGGCGGCGCGAUGGCGCGGUUCGCGCGGCUGCCGCACGCGCCGCUGCUGUCGCUGGAGCUGCGCACGCCCGCCAACUGGCUCGUCGAGUGUGUCAAGUCCGUGUACGACCUGGACAACAUACGGCUGGCUGACGUCGACACCGUAGUGCACAGCGAGUUCGAGCUGGAGUACCUGCUGUUGGAGGGGCACGCCUGGGACGCGACGCUGGGCACGCCGCCGCGCGGGCUGCAGCUGGUGCUGGGCUCGCGCGCGCGCACCGACACCGUCGACACCAUCGUCAUGGCCAACCUCGGCUACUUCCAGCUCAAGGCCAACCCUGGCGCCUGGACGCUGCGCCUGCGACCCGGCCGCUCUGACGACAUCUACCAGAUUAUUGGGCACGAAAACACGGACACACCCGCCGGCAGCGAAGAAAUCCAAGUGCUGAUGAGCUCGUUCCGCAGCCACGUGAUCAAACUACGAGUGAGCAAGAAGCCGGACAAGCAGAACCACGACCUGCUCGUCGACAACGAGGACGUCAACUCGGGCGGCAUAUGGAACUCCAUCGCCAGUUCAUUCGGCGGCGGCGAAGAGCAGGAGUCUCAGGACGAGACGAUCAACGUGUUCUCCGUGGCUUCCGGGCAUCUCUACGAGCGCUUCCUGCGCAUCAUGAUGCUGUCGGUGCUCAAGCACACACGCUCGCCCGUCAAGUUCUGGUUCCUCAAGAACUACCUCAGCCCCUCGCUAAAGGACAUUCUCCCGUACAUGGCCCAAGAGUACGGAUUCCAGUACGAGCUGGUGCAGUACCAGUGGCCGCGCUGGCUGCAGCGGCAGCGCGACCGCCAGCGCACCAUCUGGGGCUACAAGAUCCUCUUCCUCGACGUGCUGUUCCCGCUCCACGUCAAGAAGAUCAUCUUCGUCGAUGCGGACCAGAUCGUCCGCGCAGACCUGAAGGAGCUAGUAGAUCUGGACUUGGGCGGCGCGCCUUACGGGUACACGCCGUUCUGUGAUAGUAGAAAGGAAAUGGAAGGAUUCAGAUUCUGGAAGCAAGGGUACUGGCGCAACCACCUGCAGGGUCGCAGCUACCACAUCAGCGCGUUGUACGUGGUGGACCUCAAGCGUUUCCGGCGCAUCGCCGCCGGCGACCGUCUGCGCGGCCAGUACCAGGCGCUCAGCCAGGACCCCAACAGUCUCUCCAACUUAGAUCAAGAUUUGCCGAACAACAUGAUUCAUCAAGUUGCGAUAAAGUCCCUACCACAGGAGUGGCUCUGGUGCGAGACGUGGUGCGAUGAAAAUUCAAAACCACAAGCGAAAACAAUCGAUUUGUGUAACAACCCGAUGACGAAGGAGGCGAAGCUGUCGGCGGCGAUGCGCAUCGUGCCCGAGUGGAGCGAGUACGACGCGGAGGUGAAGGCGCUGCAGGCGCGAGUGCGCCGCGGCCUCUACCAGGCCGCCGACCACGAGCAGGCGAAGCUGUCGGCGGCGAUGCGCAUCGUGCCCGAGUGGAGCGACUACGACGCGGAGGUGAAGGCGCUGCAGGCGCGAGUGCGCCGCGGCCUCUACCAGGCCGCCGACCACGAGCAGGCGAAGCUGUCGGCGGCGAUGCGCAUCGUGCCCGAGUGGAGCGAGUACGACGCGGAGGUGAAGGCGCUGCAGGCGCGAGUGCGCCGCGGCCUCUACCAGGCCGCCGACCACGAGCAGUGGAGCGAGUACGACGCGGAGGUGAAGGCGCUGCAGGCGCGAGUGUGCCGCGGCCUCUACCAGGCCGCCGACCACGAGCAGGUACCUACUCUACAUAUAGUGUAA